CACUAUUCCAACUUUGUUGCCAAGGUACCAAGCAAGGCGACAAGAAGGCAGAAGCGCGCACACCAACCACACACACAACCACACACCCUGACGCCCAACACCCAAGAAGCGAACAGAGGAGGGAAAGGAAGGAACGCAAACACCAAACACCGAGACGACACCCAGCACAGCAGCGUGUGGGAGAGCAAGCCCUGACGCGCCUCGCUUAUACUCCGUGAUCUACAUAACCACGACACACCACAGACACACCUGAUCGCUCUCGUUUGUGGUUGACGACAGCACCGCCUUGGCAAACAGCACGGCUACAGCACCAGCCAGCACCAAGAACCAACAGCCAACCACUUUCUGUCUUUUGUUUGUGCGAGAGGACAUGAGCGGCAGCAUGGCGGCGAUUCCACCCACGAACCCGUCUGCGACGACGACGUACACGUUCGCGUCGCAGCCUCGCGCAGUCUCAGGAUCACGCAAGAAGUUCCGUGAGCCCGCAUCAACAUCAUCCACAACACACAUGCAGAAAACGAACAAGCGGCCUGUGGGGCACAUGAUGUUCGACCCACGCAUUGUGCGCGGCAACACCUAUCGUCAACAGACGCUCCCAGCGUCGCAACAACCGGAUCCGCUCGAGAUUCAGCGCAAGCAGGAGAUGGCCCGGCGGCGGCGGGCGCGGAAGAAGGCGCAGGACAAGGCACGACCGCGCACCCCGGAGGCUGUCGACGGCCGCAAGCACAUGGACGUGCAGACUGAGCUGUACUUGGAGGAGCUCACAGACCGCGUGGAGGAGACAGACGUGCAGACACAGACGGACCCGUUUAUGGACAGGCCGCCGUCGCCGCUGUUCAUCCCGCCAAAGACGGGCGUCGACGUGGCAACACAGAUCCUCGAGGGCGACCUCUUUGACUUUGACAUUGAGGUGAAGCCCAUCUUGGAGGUGCUUGUGGGCAAGACGAUGGAGCAGGCCCUGAUGGAGGUGAUGGAGGAGGAAGAGCUCGACAAGCUGCGCGACCACCAGCGCGAGUUUGAGGACCUUCGCUCGGCAGAGUUGGCGGAGAUGCAGCGGCUGGAGGAGGCAGCCCGCCGCCGUGAGGCCGAGAAGGACGCGCGCAUUGCCGAGCAGCGGGAGGCGCUGCAGCAGCAGAAGGAGACGGCAGAGAAGAUUGCCGCACGCGCGUUUGCACAGAGCUACCUCUCCACCCUCGUGCCCUCUGUCUUCUCCUCCCUCAGCGACCACGGCUUCUUCUACGACCAGCAAGAGCGCGAAAUUGAGACGCAGGUGAUGCCAUGGCUGAUGGACGCGGUGGAGCAGCGGCUCGGCGCAUCGUCUGUGGCUGAGACCCUCCUCGAUCAGAUUAUCAAGGGCGUUGUGUCGAAGCGGGCAGCGGCGCGCGCACCGCCGCAGCAAGAAGAGACAGAAGCGACGAACGCAGGAGACGAGGAUGAGGGCGCAAAGGCUGAGGCUGAGAACAGCGGUGAUGGUGAUGGUGAUGGUGAUGGUGCGAAAGUGAAGGAUAGCGGUGACGGUGAUGGUGACGGUGAUGGUGACGGUGAUGAUGAUGAUGAUGAUGAUGAUGAUGAUGAUGAUGACAAGGGUGGUGACGAUAGCAAGCCUGGUGAUGCUGCUGAUGGUGCAGAGCAAGGGGAGGCCGAUGAGGUCGAUGGCGAGAAGAAGGCGGAAGAUGAUGGCGGUGACAGCACCAACGCAGAUGCGAGUGGCGACGCACAAAACGACGGCGCGACAGCACCAGCAGAGGACAAGGCAGAGGACGGUGCUGGUGAUGACGAGAAACCAGCGGACAAUGCUGAUGCUGAUGCUGACGGUGAUGGUGGUGAUGGUGAUGCACAACCAGCAGUCGACGGAGACGAUGGCGCAAAGGCCGCCGAUGAAGAUGCUGAUGCUGCUGCGCCUGAACCUGAGGAGCAGUGAGCGCUGUUGGCAUCAUAGUCGCCCGCGUCAUGUCGUUGUUGUUUGUCAGUGACGCAUGUGUGUGUUGAUGUUGUGGUGAGUCUGCACCAUCCAUUGUCACCGGCUGUGCUGCGUGCACCAUCGUGGUUGUGGUUUUUGGUCGUUUACGCACACAAGCCAAUGCCUCCUUCUCCUCGACCCAAUUCUCAUCCUCUUUCCCCCCCCCUCCUCUUGUUCCGCUCACUUGAAUCACUGCCUUAAGCGCAGUUGCUGUUUCCUUCGCAUCCAUUCUUUUUCCACAAUGUAUUCAACUUCAAAACCAGCCCCUCCUCAUACUUGCAGUUCCCUUCUCUUGUCGUCCUGUUCUCGUUUCCUACUGCUUCCCGUGAGCGAAGAAACGCGCGCGCGCGCGUGUGUGUGUGUGUGUUCGUGUGUACAUUGCUCUUGGCUGCUUUGUCGUCUGCGCUCUGCUCAUUGUUUAGAUGGCACCCUCUGCGUUUGUUGUUGUUGUUGUCAUGUCGUCGUCGUUUUCUUGUGCGUGAUGUUUGUGAUGUUUGUUCGUUCAAGAACAGACACGACAAGACAGACGCGUGUUUGUGUAGUUGUUGUUGUUGUUUGUCUCUUCUCAUUCGGUUGUUUGUUUGGGUGUUUGCUCCACGCACGUCUUGGUUGAGUUUCCAAUAUACACGAUCAACAGGAAACAAACAAAUG